GGGCGGGGCUUGCUGACCGUUACGACGUAGCGGGCGGGGUCAGACGGGACCGCUCUGCCCUGGGUUUUCAGCCCCGCCCCUGUCCCUUUCCCCGCCCUGUUGCUGUGGCGCCGCCGCUGGCUGUAGCCCCUGGACCCCUACCAUGGAAGAGACAGUAGAAGAUCCCCCCACAUCAGCUGUCUUGCUGGACCACUGUCAUUUCUCUCAGGUCAUCUUUAACAGUGUGGAGAAGUUCUACGUCCCUGGAGGGGACAUCACAUGCUAUUACACCCUCACCCAGCAUUUCAUUCCCCGUCGAAAGGAUUGGAUUGGCAUCUUUAGAGUGGGAUGGAAGACAACCCGUGAGUACUACACCUUCAUGUGGGUUACUUUGCCUGUUGACCUAAACAGCAAAUCUCCCAAACAGCAGGAGGUCCAGUUCAAAGCUUAUUACCUGCCCAAGGAUGAUGAGUAUUACCAGUUCUGCUAUGUGGAUCAGGAUGGUGUGGUCCGGGGGGCAAGUAUCCCUUUCCAGUUCUGUCCAGAAAAUGAGGAGGACAUCCUGGUUGUUACCACUCAGGGUGAGGUGGAAGAGAUUGAGCAGCACAACGAGGAGCUCUGCAGGGAAAACAAGCAGCUGAAGGACAGCUGUGUCAGCCUCCAGAAGCAGAACGCAGACAUGCAGGCUAGGCUCCAGAAGAAGCAGGAGGAGCUAGAAACCCUAAAGAGCAUCAAUAAGAAAUUGGAACAGACAAUGAAAGAGCAGAAGGACUGUUGGGAGACAGAGCUUCUUCAGCUGAAAGAACAAAACCAGAAGAUGUCCUCAGAAAAUGAAAAGAUGGGAGUCAGAGUGGAUCAGCUUCAGACCCAGCUGUCAACUCAAGAGAAAGAAAUAGAGAAGCUUGUUCAGGGAGUCCAAGAUAAAGCAGAGCAGUUGGAGGACCUGAAAAAGGAAAACGGCCAGCUCUUUCUCAGCUUAACUGAACAGAGGGAACACCGGAAGGAGCUCGAACGGACAGUGGAGGAGAUGAAGCAGAAAGAAACUACUGCAGCGAAGAAAGAACAGGAGUUAACGGACCAGAACUUUGACCUGUCAAAAAGACUGAGUGAGAACAAGAUUAUAUAUAACGUUCUGCAGAAAGAGAAAGAGAGAAUGGAAGAAGAAAAUGGUCUUUUGAAGAUGGAGAACAGCACACUGCUGAGUUACAUGGGUCUGAAUUAUGACUCUUUGCCGUAUCAAGCGCCUGCUUCGAAUCAAGGAGGUGCGAGACCAAACCCAGGACUUGUCUAUGGAAACCCAUAUUCUGGUAUCCAAGAAAGUCCUGCCCCCAGCCUGCUCUCCAUCAAGAAAUGCCCCACCUGCAAAUCAGACUUUCCUGAUGACUUGUUUGAUCACACCUUGGAGCAGCACAUGCAGCCCCUUAGUUUGAAUUGUCCAAUUUGUGACAAGGCCUUCCCAGCAAAAGAGAAGCAGAUCUUUGAAGACCAUGUGUUGUGCCACACUCUCUAAGUGUCCCGGCCUCUUGGAUCUAUACUGUACGUGGAUUUUAUAGAGUAGAAGCUUCUACUAUGAGUUAUGACCCAAGAUCCUGCCUAACCUGAAUCAUUAGGGAUUUACUUAGUCCUGCUGCCCUAUAGGUGGAGUCAUGUCGAUUAUCUGAAGCAUAGUGUUAACGGCUGUUACUUCCAUCCUUGUGGGUUUUAGUACCUUUUAAGUCACAUAACUCCAGCUGUGUCAGCCUCUCAACUAAAAUGCCCAUUCUUGCGAGGGUCUCCAGCAUAAAGGCCCUGGGUUGGAGCUGACCUGGCUGUUCACAGGAGGCCUGACUCGAGUACUAAGUGAGUAGUUUUCCAGGUUGUCCCACUGCCAUUCAAGGUCAGGCCUUGAGUGUGUUUGUACUCAGUCCUCAGUCCUAACCCUGGGGCUGGUGACUGAUCAGAGGUUGAGAAUUUCUACCUCCUCCUCAGGCCUCCUUCUCCAACUAAUUUAGAAUAGUCAAAAAAGGCAUGGCAGAGAACCCAGAUAUCCAAUUUGGAUACCAAAGUUUUCUCAUCUUGAUUUCCCAGCUCCCGACGGAAGCAUUCCUGAACAAUGGACAUGAAAUAUUUCACUCACAGAAAGGGUUUCUCUCUGGAUACCUCUGACUGGCAUUUUCUACUCUGGUUUUUUCCUGUGCACAUAACUAUUAUUGUUGUAAGUCCUUUCUUAAUGGUUAGUGGGACUUGUUAGAAACUGUAUGGGUUUGCAACUUUCUGAGCAGGUGAGUUUGAAUAUGGAUAAGUUAGAAUAAGAACUAUUGUUAAUCGCUUUAAUACUAAAAAUAAACUAGUCCUCUAUUCAGGGACUUUGGUAAUUUAAAAUAAA